AUGUCCACUAAGCUCCCUAUUGUGAUUUCAAACGGAACAGCCUUUAAAAAAAUCCCUGUUCAAUUGCUGUUGAACAGCGGAUCAACGGCACGAGAUGGUUUCCCUAGUAAUUCUGGCUCUCACUCUGGUCGCCCAAGAACGGGUAUUACUAGGACAUGUGGGCAAUGUGGAGAGAUCAAGACUUCUUUACAAUGGAGGGAAGGUCCUAACGGCGCUGCUUGCCUGUGUAAUGCUUGUGGGUUGUUCUUUAGAAAACUAAUUCUGCGUUUCGGUAGAGCAGCUGCUAAAAGAUACAUGGAGCAGAUUAAAGGUACCGGUACCAAGAGAAGGAUCCCCAAAGAACUUACCGGAACUGCCAGGUUCUAA